UAAUCAGGUACAACCAGAAAAAAGAAAAAAAAGGACGAGAGUGCCACCGUUCUAACCGCCGGAAAGUGGUGAUACUGUUACCAUGAACACCGUCCGCCGUCUCCUCCUCCGCCGUGGCUACGCCACCAAGUACAGCGGCAGAGUCAUCACCGAAACGGAUAACGGCCGUUCACUCGCCGUCAAAAUCCACCUCCCAACCACUCAAACCCUCGAUCCUAAAGGCUACCCGUUACCUCGCCGUGAACUCAUCUGCAAAACAGUCAACAUAUUAUCCACGUCAGCCGACCCGUUCACCGACCUAUCUUCUUACCUCCAAACCCUAACCCUAACCCUAACCGUCUCCGAAGCCUCCGAAAUCCUCAAAUCGUUACACUCCACAUCAAUCGCACUUCAAUUCUUCCGAUUUUGCUCUAAUUCAAUCCGUAACUUCCGUCACGAUUGCUUCACGUACAAUCGGAUUCUUCUGAUUCUAUCAAAAUCGUCAUCGGUUGACCGGAUUGACUCUGUUCGUCGGAUUGUUGACGAGAUGGAGCGGCUGCGGGUGCGUGGCAACAUCUCCACCGUUAAUAUUCUGAUUGGAGUGUUUAACGGUGAGGAUUUGGAGAGGUGUUUACGGUUGGUUGAACAGUGGGAGCUUAGGAUGAAUAGGUAUAGUUAUAAGUGUCUUCUGCAAGCGCGGUUACGGUCGCGCGAAUCGAGUAAGGCGUUGCAGGUUUAUUAUGAGAUGAAGAGGAAAGGAUAUCAACCGGAUGUUUUCGCGUAUAAUAUGUUGCUUGAUGCGCUUGCGAAAGACGAUAAGGUGGAUCAGGCAAACAAGGUAUUCGAAGACAUGAAGAGGAAGCACUGUGAACCCGACGAAUAUACAUACACAAUUAUGAUCAGAAUGACUGGAAAACAUAAGAAGUCUGAUGAUUCAAUAGCAUUCUUUCAAGAAAUGGUAUCAAAGGGCAUAACUCCGAAUUUAAUUGCUUAUAACACAAUCAUCCAGGUGCUUGCUAUGAGCAGGAUGGUUGACAAAACUAUAUAUCUUUUCUCAAAAAUGAUCGAAAACGAUUGUAGACCGAAUGAAUUUACUUACAGUGUCAUUCUAAAUCUUCUGGUUUCGGAAGGGCAGCUUGGUAGACUCGAUGAAGUUAUCGAAAUGUCGAAAACGUACAUGAACAAGGGCAUAUACGCGUAUCUUGUUCGGACACUUAGUAAAUUAGGGCAUGCGAGUGAAGCUCACCGGUUAUUUUGCUACAUGUGGAGUUUCCACGAUAAGGGAGAUCGGGAUGCGUACUUAUCGAUGCUCGAAAGCUUAUGCAAUGAGGGUAAAAUGGUCGAAGCUAUCGAUCUGUUAAGUAAGAUUCACGAAAAGGGGAUAAGUUCUGAUACGAUUAUGUACAACACCGUGUUCACUGCUCUUGGGAAAGCGAAACAGAUAUCACAUCUUGUAGAUUUGUACGAUAAGAUGAAAAAAGAGGGCCCGUUACCGGAUAUCUUCACGUACAAUAUCUUGAUCUCGAGUUUCGGCAGAGCGGGACAAGUCGACGAGGCGGUUAAUAUAUUCGACGAGCUCGAGAACAGUGAUUGUAAGCCGGAUAUCGUAUCGUAUAACUCUUUGAUAAACUGUUUAGGGAAAAACGGCGAUGUUGACGAAGCCCACAUGAGGUUUAGAGAGAUGGAAGAAAAGGGGUUGAAUCCCGAUGUUGUAACGUAUAGUACGCUUAUCGAGUGUUUUGGGAAGUCGGAUAAAGUCGAAAUGGCUUGUAGUUUGUUUGAUCAGAUGUUUUCUGAAGGGUGUUAUCCGAAUAUUGUUACGUAUAAUAUAUUGUUAGAUUGUUUAGAGAGAUGUGGGAGAACGGCUGAAGCGGUUGAUUUGUAUGCGAAGCUUAAAGAACAAGGUCUGACGCCGGAUUCGAUAACGUAUUCGAUUCUUGAACGGUUGCAAAGCGGUUCUCAUAGGAAGUUUAGAAGUCGGAGGCAACAUCCGAUUACUGGAUGGGUUGUUAGUCCGUUAAGAUGAUAGUUAGAUUACAACCAAUUUUGAGUGUUGUUUGUUUAGAUGUGGACCUGUUUGUUGAUGACGUUUUGAUGCGGAAUUUUUGAAUCCGACGAAGGGGGUCUGCUUCUCCCUAAUGUACUCUAUUCGUGGAAUGGUUUAUAGAGUCAAGAACGCCUCAAGUAUGCUAAGAGAUUCUGCAAUAUGAUGAUUAGCCCAAAUAUUCCUUCAUCGAAACUCCACCAAAAAGGCACUCACCAGAUGUAAGCUCUUCUUUGAUCAAACCAAUGAUGCUAGUGGUUCAAACGCAGCCGAGAGGACAGCCAAAUAGGUGGCAAUUAGACCGAGUGUAAGCCUUGGUGAAAGCUUCUGAUUUGCGAGAUUUAAGAUUUUUAACGACGGUGGCCUUGGUGAAAUCUUCAAUGCUAGUUGAUAUUGUAUUAUUGUUAUGUAUUACCUGUGAUCACAAUUUGAUGAUUAUUGACAUUAUCAGCAUCAAGAUAGCUGACUUUUACAAUUAGAGAAGAUAAACUAACCAUGUCAUAUUUGUUUAAUUAGUUAAAGUAUUAGUGCAUUUGUUUUUCAA